ACAGUACCAGAAAAUAUAUUUUUUAUUUUAGUCUGACGUAAUGAAUAGAAAGUUUGCAUGACGCACUUCCGCGAACUUGAGCCGGUCGUUGGUUUGUUGUUGUGUGGGGCGGGGGUUAGUUUAUUUAGGAUGCUCCGGUGCCUGUCUCUCUGGAGCAGUGGGUCUUCAUUAUUUCAGGGAUAUUUCAGGGAUGGACCCGCGGGUGUCCGAGCUCUUCGAGGCCGCUGCUGGGGCACACAAGUCCGGCUCUCCUAACGGCAGGAAAACCGCCAAACAUGGGAACAAAAAGUGCAAAAACCGCUCAGCCAAAUAUCCGAAAGCAAGCAAUAAUCCGCCUUAUCUACCUCCAGAGGCUGAAGAGGGAAACAUUGAGUACAAGCUGAAGCUGGUGGAGCCCACGCAGUACCGCUUCGAGCACCUGGCCACACAGAUGAAGUGGCGUCUGCAGGAGGGGCGCGGAGAGGCCGUGUAUCAGAUCGGGGUGGAGGACAACGGGCUGCUGGUGGGCCUGACGGAGGAGGACAUGGAGGCCUCGCUCCAAACACUGCGCAGGAUGGCUGAGAAGGUGGGUGCAGACAUCACAGUUCUCCGAGAGCAGGAGGUGGAUCACGACUCUGACGAGUCUCAAAGGAUCGCUGAGGUGCUCAUCAGGAAGGUGCCAGAUGAUCAGCAGUUCCUGGACCUGCGGGUAGCAGUGCUGGGUAACGUGGACUCGGGGAAGUCCACUCUGCUCGGUGUGCUCACACAAGGAGAGCUGGACAACGGCAGAGGAAGAGCACGACUCAACCUCUUCAGACACCUUCAUGAGAUCCAGAGCGGACGCACCUCCAGCAUCAGCAUCGAGAUCCUGGGCUUCGACAGCAGAGGAGAGGUGGUGAACUACAGCGAGUCCCGAACGGCGGAGGAAAUCUGUGAGAGUGCCUCUAAAAUGAUCACCUUCAUAGACCUGGCAGGCCACCACAAGUAUCUCAAGACCACCAUCUUUGGCCUGACCAGCUACUGUCCAGACUUUGCCAUGCUGGUGGUCAGCGCCAACACCGGCAUCGACACUGUCUCUCUUCUCUCAGCGGGGACGACGCGUGAGCACCUGGGUCUGGCCAUGGCCCUGAAGGUGCCCAUCUUCAUUGUGGUGAGUAAAGUGGACCUGUGCAGCAGAGGCGCGGUGGAGCGCACCGUCCAACAGCUGGAGCGCAUCCUCAAGCAGCCGGGCUGCAACAAGGUGCCCAUGCUGGUGUCCUCCACAGACGACGCGGUCACGGCCGCCCAGAAGUGUGCACAGUCACCCAGCAUCACCCCCAUCUUCACCCUGUCCAGUGUAUCAGGGGAGAGUCUGGAUCUGCUGAAGGUCUUCUUUAAUAUUCUGCCUCCCCUCAGCAACAGCGAGGAGCAGGAGGAGCUCAUGCAGCAGCUCACUGAGUUUCAGAUUGAUGAGAUCUACACCGUGCCAGAUGUGGGGACAGUAGUUGGUGGGACUCUGUACAGUGGGGUGUGCCGCGAGGGCGAGCAGCUGGUGGUGGGACCCACAGACGACGGGAUGUUUCGGGAGCUGGCGGUGUGCAGUAUCCAGAGGAAUCGCUCCGGGUGCAGGGUGCUGAGAGCCGGUCAGGCCGCCACUCUGGCGCUGGGAGAUUUCGACCGCUCCUUAAUACGAAAGGGGAUGGUGAUGGUCAGCCCAGAGAUGAACCCCACUAUCUGCUGGCGCUUUGAGGCUGAGAUCGUCUUACUCUUCCACGCCAAAACUUUCCACAAGGGCUUCCAGGUGACGGUGCACGUGGGCAACGUUAGACAGACGGCCACGGUCGAGGCUCUGCAGGGAAAGGACGAGCUGCGCACCGGUGAGAAAGCAGUGGUCUGGUUCAGGUUCAUCAAACACCCAGAGUACCUGAAGGUGGGCACCAAGCUGCUCUUCAGAGAGGGAGGAACCAAAGGCAUCGGCCAGGUCACCAAACUCCAGCCGCGGCACCCAUCCGGCUCAAACACAGCCUGAACCAGCAGCUCCUCUCACCCGAGUCAGUCCUUCACUCGUAGUGUACAGGUCUCUUAACUCUCUUUACAGUCACAGACGGCCUUUAUAACCACGCAAUCCUCCAGCCAUUGCUCACUCACACAAGGACAGGGAUCGUCAAUUUAAAGACAGUUUUUAUUCAGAAGGGGAUCUUUUUAUUACUGAUGUCAGUGAAGAAUCUCGUGGCAGCUACAGUUGUGAGUGUGCAAUCAUCUCUUCUGUACCAAACGCCAGAAGCCACGUCUCUUUCAGUGUUUUUUAAAGAGCUGUUUUACUUCUUGAAGCGUGAACGGUUCAGGCUUUAGAUCUCUGAGUGUAUGUGUGCUGCGUCCUCUCGCCAUCGCUGCUUCGGAGCGCAUCAGAAGUCAAUCUUGCGUCUGUGUCUGCCUGCACUCAGGAAGCAUUACAUUCACACCGCAGUGCUUUAUUCCUGCUCUCUCUCUCUUGGUCUCUAAGCUAGAGACUGGUUUGGUGCUAAUGCUGUUGAUUGACUGGUUUGUAGUUGUUGGUCAGUUCUGGCCUCAGCUCUGUCCUGAGUAUCUCAUACUGAAUCACACACAUCAGGACACGCUCAAGUUUCUACUGUAUCACUGUUCUGUGUGCAAUCUUAGAAGAAAAAAUUAUUUGAACCAAAAAAAAAAGUAAAUUUAUAUUGAUUGUCAGAUAAUUCUGGAUGUUUUCUAUAGAUUUGUAAUCAUUUCUAUUCAUAUGCAAUGUUUUGAGUGACUUCCUAUUUUACACCAAAUGAUACUUUUCUGACCUCACAUAGAUGUUUUUUUUUUGUGUGUGGAUAUUUUUUAAUAUUUUAGCCUUACUUUGGUGCACUGGAAUAUUUAUGUACAAAUCCGUUUGUAUAUUGUGAUGUACAUAAAUAAAAGUUAAUGACGGUUUAUAACUGCAUUAUUUGAGCUCGUCU